GCUCCAUUCGCGAAUAAUCGUGCGUUGCAGACGUUGCAGAGGUGGGUCAAGGUUGAAGUCAGCCGGCGGACGUAACUCGGGCUGACUACAUGCCGGUGUGUUAUUUUUUAAUAGCGACCCAAGACAGAGUGCUGUAACUGUACAGUGUUCCGUUACCACAACAAUGAUGCAGAACAGUGCCAGCUUGCGUCGACUGCCGUCCUUGCUCUGCCGGAGUGUCCCAGCUGUUUCAUCGCGGACGCCGGUAUUGUCAGAGCUGCCUCACAAGUUCGUUCAUUCUGGCUCCAGUCAGCCCAGCAGCCUACAAACACAGUCAAACAGGAGUCGCCAUCACCUGAGCUGCUAUGCAGUCGGAGCAGGUGCCCUGGUGUCAGGUUAUUUGCUCUGGAGGCAGCGUGCGAGGUGGCUGCCCAUCGCCUCUGCCUCUACUGUUCCACCACCAUCCACCCGGUUCAACUUCAUCGCUGAUGCUGUUGAGAAGACAGCACCUGCAGUUGUCUACAUUGAAAUUCUGGGCAGGCACCCCUUCACGCAACAGCAGAUAGCUGUGUCCAAUGGCUCUGGCUUUGUGGUGCGCCCUGAUGGCCUCAUUCUAACUAAUGCACAUGUUGUGGCUGAUGGCCGGCUUGUGACUGUGAAGUUGCAUGAUGGGCGCCAGUUCACGGGAAAAGUGGAGGCCGUCGACCGCCGUUCGGAUCUGGCCACCGUUCGCAUCCCAGCAAAGGGUCUGCCAACGCUGCCACUUACUCGCACAGACCAGCUUCGACCUGGCGAGUGGGUAGUUGCCAUGGGAAGUCCACUUGCCCUCAACAACACCAUCACAGCUGGGGUAGUCAGUUCUGUGCAUCGUUCAAGCAAGGAGCUUGGCAUUCACAAUGAGAUGGACUACAUACAGACUGAUGCCGCUAUCAACUUUGGCAACUCAGGAGGACCUCUCAUCAACCUGGAUGGAAAUGUGAUUGGCAUCAACACAAUGAAAGUCACUGCAGGAAUCUCGUUUGCUAUUCCAGCUGAUUAUGCGAUGAACUUCCUGGAAGAGGCAUCAAAGAAGAGCCAGGAGGAGACGUCAGCUGACCGAUGGUACCUGGGCAUCACAAUGCUGACCCUGACACCUAGCCUUAUCCUGGAACUGCAGCAGCGUGACGCUAUGUUCCCACAUGUCACGAAUGGGGUCCUUGUCUGGAGGGUUAUGCUGGGCUCACCUGCAAACUUGGCCGGUCUCCAGCCUGGUGACAUCAUUGUGAAGAUUGGAGGCGUAGAAGUGAAAUCUUCUCAGGACGUUUACAAAGCACUUGAAGUCUGGAAGCCACUUGAUAUUGAAGUAAUACACAGAGGCUCCCGCAAGAAGCUCAAAGUUCAACCAUGAGUAGGGUAGCACAAGCAAAUAAAUGGACGCUUCAUGUU